GUCGAUUGAUCUUCUGUCCAAGAUCUGUCUCUCGCAACAUGGGCAACACAACCAGUAUAGCAGGGCGUGAUUGCCUGAUAUCUGCCCUGGGAGGCAAUUCAGCCCUUGCGGUUUUCCCAAACCAGCUUCUUUGGACUGCCGAUGUCCACGAAUACAACCUCAACCUCCCGGUUACUCCAGCCGCCAUCACGUACCCGGAGACAGCAGAACAAAUCGCCGGCAUAGUCAAAUGCGCCUCAGACUAUGACUACAAAGUGCAGGCACGCAGUGGAGGCCACAGCUUUGGAAACUAUGGCCUCGGCGGAACAGACGGAGCGGUAGUAGUCGACAUGAAACACUUCAACCAAUUCUCCAUGGACGACCAGACAUACGAAGCAGUCAUCGGACCCGGCACGACCUUGAAUGACGUUGACAUCGAACUCUACAACAACGGGAAACGAGCUAUGGCGCACGGCGUUUGCCCAACCAUCAAAACAGGCGGACACUUCACCAUCGGCGGACUCGGCCCUACCGCGCGUCAAUGGGGCCUUGCCCUAGACCACGUCGAAGAAGUCGAAGUGGUGCUGGCCAACUCGACCAUCGUCCGGGCCUCUAAUACUCAGAAUCAGGAUGUAUUCUUCGCUGUCAAAGGCGCCGCAGCCGACUUUGGCAUCGUGACCGAGUUCAAAGUUCGCACCGAGCCGGCCCCGGGUCUCGCGGUCCAGUACUCGUAUACCUUCAACCUGGGCAGCACUGCCGAGAAAGCCCAAUUCGUCAAGGACUGGCAGUCGUUCAUCUCGGCGAAGAACCUCACCCGUCAGUUCUACAACAACAUGGUCAUUUUCGACGGGGACAUCAUCCUCGAGGGACUUUUCUUCGGCUCUAAGGAGCAGUACGAUGCCUUAGGAUUAGAAGACCACUUCGCGCCUAAGAAUCCAGGCAACAUCCUAGUUCUAACCGACUGGCUCGGCAUGGUCGGGCACGCGCUGGAAGAUACCAUCCUCAAGCUAGUCGGCAACACCCCGACUUGGUUCUAUGCCAAGUCCCUGGGAUUCAGACAAGACACGUUGAUUCCAUCUGCCGGAAUUGACGAGUUCUUCGAAUACAUCGCCAACCACACCGCCGGCACGCCAGCCUGGUUCGUCACUCUCAGUCUGGAAGGCGGAGCGAUUAACGACGUCGCCGAAGACGCAACCGCGUACGCUCACAGAGACGUGCUCUUCUGGGUCCAGCUCUUCAUGGUUAAUCCCCUCGGCCCUAUAUUCGAGACGACGUACGAGUUCACCGAUGGACUGUAUGAUGUGCUUGCGCGCGCGGUGCCAGAGAGCGUAGGACACGCAUAUCUGGGCUGUCCAGACCCAAGGAUGGAGAAUGCGCCGCAGAAGUAUUGGCGAACGAAUCUACCCCGGUUGCAGGAGUUGAAGGAGGAGUUGGAUCCGAAGAAUACGUUUCAUCAUCCACAGGGUGUUAUUCCUGCUUAA